AUGAAUCCGAAUCAUUCAUACAACUACUCCCAGUCGACUCCAGGCCCGCCACAACCUCCCUGGCAAGCUCCUCCUCGCAAGUCUGGAUGGGCUGACCCGAGAUUCCAACCUCAGCCGCUGUUGUCACCACAAAAUGCGAACUACCAUGGCUUCGGCCCUCCUCUCCCUCCUCCACCCGACCCCAGCCAGCAGCCGCCUGCGCAGGUCGACACGUCCGCCUGGGGUGUUCGCUACAGUCAGUCGUCGGUGUCUCAGAGUCAAGAUCCAAAGCCACCACUACCACCUCGCCCGCCGAGUGCGACUGGCCGAGUAAGUCCGCAGCCUGGACAUACUCCUGCCUUCGGCUACCAACCGCAGCCUUCGACGCAAGCCCAAAGCCAGGCAACAUCACACCCACAUGGGACAUCAUGGGGUGGUCCAUAUCUACCAGGGCAAGCAACCCAGGGGCCUACAUAUCCUGCAAGCGCUCCGGUGCCUCCACCUCCUCCUCCACGUCCAGCAGCAUACGAGGCCGAGAUACAGUCCUUCCACAAUCGAGUAAAUACUCCUCAAAGCGAAUACUCCCAUAGGCCGCCUACCCAUCAUUACGACCCCCAGCAGCAAAACCCAUGGAACACACAGAAUAAUCCUGCGUCCGUGGCAUCUUAUUAUCCAUCUGCGCCGGCACCACAUCAGGCCGCAGGAACCAAUGAUGGAUAUCUAGUGUCUCCCAUAGAAGCAAGCAAUACGCAAUGGAAUCAGCAAGCCGGGUCUAACGCAGUCCAAGCAAUUGGCAGUAUCCAGACAUCCCAACCGCAUGUAUUGGGUUUUGGAGGGCCUUCAGACUGGGAACACUACGAACCUGGUAUGCCCCCUCCCGAACAGACGCCUACCAGUCCACCUCCUCCAGCGGUGGGAAGUCCUUCCCAAUACUCUGCGCCCGUCUCGUCGCCGGUAGGACCUGCGGUACCUCCAGCACCCCAGACACCGAAGCCUGCGCCUGUACACACGCCAUCACCAGUGGAAAUUGGUCUCGCAAGCCCUGUGUCACGGCGCGGAUCACACCAACAAUCGCCGAAAUAUCAGGUGGAGUGGUCUCAGCCAUCAAACACCAAUAGGCCUUCAUCUGCGAGCGGUCAUGAUGCUGCUACUUCUGGACGUUCUGACAGCUUGAAUAGUACUGGAAACAUUGACAGCGUGAUUCAAGCAUGGACAACGCCGUUGAGGGUCAAGUCUGGAGGGGAAGCAUUCUCGCGGCCUGAAUCACGGAUCUCUGCUGCAUCGCCAGAGCCCAGUGUCGAUGGGCGCAUGACUGAUCCAUACGCAGAUUUGGCACCAGAGUUUAAAGCGUCAUUGAAGAGAUACGCCACUAUGCUACGGAAGGAGUCUGCAGCAGAUUCUGAUGAAGAGAAGUUUGAAAUAUUUGAAGCAUUUGUUUCAAAGGAACUCCGUCUGAGGAGCCUUCUAUAUGGCGUGGAACUCAGUAAACCCACCAAAGAUGUAAAAAAGGCUGCUAAUCUUGUUGACAUCCAGGCGGCACUGCCACAAUCUAUACAGGAACCCCCAAAUUCUGCUAGGACGGCCAGUUUAGACAUUUCCGCUCAGCCCGCAACGACGACAACGACAACUGCAGCGCAGCCGACUGUCACGCGACAACCCCCACCAAGCGAUGAAAACAAACAAUCUGUCCUUGCAAAUGUGACCGUGACUUCAAAACCUGCAGCAUCUUCUCUAACUCAUACAGGCUCCGAGGAUGAUGGAGAGGAAGCAUACAGCCCAGGCGGCCGUCCCAAGGUUGGCAAAGCUUCUAAAGCAACUGGUCCCUCCCCAGUCUCGGAUAGCAAGUCCAGCGCCAGUGACAAUGCAGUCGAGAAUGAAGCUUACAGUCCUGGCGGUCGACCUAUCAUCACUAGCCUGACAAAAGGAUCUGAUAAGCUUUCAGUGAGCAUACCUCCACAAGGCAAAGGCCGUGAUCACGAUUCUCCUGGCCCAAUCUCCCCUAGUCUCAAUGCGCCGAUGGUCCUCGAGGACUAUGCUAUGGCACGACCGCCGUCCCCCGGGGUUAAUGCGCCGAUUAUUGUACAACCAGAGGCAUCUCGUACGUCCCCGAGCCAGCCUUCUGCAGGACAAAGACCACCCUCUACACCCAUCAAAUUCGAGCCUCCCCGUCCUGCAUAUACUCCGUUUCGAUACAGUGCUGCUACUCAGGCUGCACCAACGAAACCAUUCCAGCCUGCGGAUCAAGCAUACUCAAGCUUGCGGCACUCUAUGGUUGAUUCUGGUCGACUUCUGACGCAGGAGGCAUCACUGAUCCCCCCAAGACCUUAUUCGGCCAGUGGCAGAAAAGAACAUGACGAGGCUUUCAUAGGUUUAAUCCGAAAUCAGAGUAUGGCCGUCAGACAGAAGACACCAGGACCGCCGGAUGCUCUCAAGCUUGGUGACAACACAGUGAAGUCUAACACUCCAGUGUCGAGAGGGCUAGAAACUUCUCCUCUCACAAGGGCACAAGAUCCUCUCAAGCGAGCCAUGAUAGCAUUGCGAGCUCUGGUACCCGAGGAAGGUAUCGUCGAUUCCAAUUCAGAUCCUAGUGUACAAGAUCUGAAGACAAAAAUCGAGGCUGUUCCUGAUCAAUUUACCUUCAUUCAUGAGACUGUUGUCGAAUGGGAUCGAACGAACCGCGGGGUACGAAGACAACAAGACGCCGAGCGAAGGGCCCGGCAAGAAGAGUCAGAAGCACAUAUUGAUGCUUUGUUCAACGACAACGAGAUCGGCUAUGCUGAUAUAGGAGAUCUGGAGGCUGAGUUCAAACUUGCCGAAGCCGAGCGACGGUAUCGCGAGAACCAAGAAGAGCUUGAGUCCUUCACCGCUCAAGUUUACACCCCUGUAACUGAAAGGCUUCAAAAAGAGAUUCAAGAAUUAAACCAAGCGUAUGCGACGGCAAUGGAGCUCUUAGCUAGCAAUUGUGAGCCCGUCAGUCGAUGUCUCAAAGCGCGGGGCGGGAAAGCAAAGAUGGCCGAGGUUAUGGCUUGUGUUCUUACCCUCUUCAACAAGAUUGAGAUCAGGCACCGCAAACUAGCCGAAGCAGACGUGGAACGGGAAAGACGACGCAAGCAUCUCGAGCUCACAGUUCUCUACACGAACAAUGACAAGGACGGCAUGAAGAAAUUGGAGCAGGAGUUCGCGGCAGCAGAGAACGCUCAGGUCUUACACGAAGCUCGAGCUACGGAUGAGAGAGCGAACAAGCUCAUGGACGCAUUCGAUCGAGCGACCGUCCGCGGACUAGGAGACAACCAAAUGUUCAUCGAUGAUGUACUGGUCAAGAUACAGGAUCUUAAGCAGGAGAUUACUUCCAGAGGGCAGGCCGUCAAAGAGAAGCUUUACGAGCCAUCAGGAGCUCGCGACACCUUAUCAAGGAUCCAAGACGCUGUUGAUCUUAUCAUGACGGACUCGCGCACACUCCUCGCAUUAUCCAACGAAGCGGAUGUGCUGUUGAACGACGCAGAUUAUGGAGUGUCUGUUGCAGAGGCCCGCGUUAGCAACGCUGGAAAGGAAACAUACGUGAACCUCGCCAGAGAAAAGGCCAAGGAAGACGCUAAACUGGUGGAAGAAGUGAAUACACGUAUUGGCAGCGUGGUAAAAGGGCCACAGCAUGCCCUUGACAUCCUUCGCGGAAUGAUGGAUCAAAUCGGAGCCGACCCAGAGCACCAGGACCGGAUCAAGAAGGCUCUCGAGGCAGCCAAGCAGCGCAACGCCGUGAACGACCCGUCACGAGAUUGA